AUGCCUUUUGCUUUCUGUCAAUAUACCAAUGAUGAAAGUGCGGAGUUGGCUAUCAAGAGUGGGCGUGGUCGACUUAUUAAAGGACGCCCAUGUCGUUGUGAGAAAGCAAAAGCCCACCGCCUGUUCUUUUUUGAACGCAAGUAUGGCGCUGCCAUUACACCUGAUGAAGUAGAGCUUUUACUGCAAGGAUUUGGGAGACUUACUGAAUGUCGACCCGCAACGCACCUUGAAAUGGUUACAAAUAAUUUAGGUGAGGGUGUUGUAAUCAACUUUGACAUGUUUGACAACGGAAAAAACGCAUGCCAGGCUUUUAAAAACCACGCAUUGUAUAGGAUGAUAAGUUUGUUCCAUUUAGGCUCAUCUAGAAAUGAUCGCAAUCAGUCUGAUCCGGCCCAUCGUGCAUACCUGGAGACUUACGAAAUUGAUCGACGUUCUAUUUUUGUUGGUAACUUACCUCCAGACAUCAGUGAGCUUGAAAUCAAGGAGCUUUUCUCCAGGUUCGGUGACACUAUUCAUAUUGCUAUACAUAAAAAUGAGAGUACAGUAGAUCGUGAGUACAGAUCAGCAGAUCUUAUAACACCUGAUUCUAACACUAUAAAAGCAUGUUCAAAGCAUUGUUUUGCAUUUAUUGAAUUUUCUAACCAGCCAAGCGUCGAAAAGGCAAUACUUGAGUUGAAUGGUUCCAUACUACAUGGCAGAACUCUUCGUGUAAACCAGAAAGAUAGUGAAAGUGCCCGGGCUCGACCACGCCGCCAAGUUAGCCGACCACAAGGGCCAAGUAGUACACUUGCUUACCAAUCACCAAACUCAACUCAACAAGCUCCCAGCAACUCUCCAAUUAGUUGUUUAAGUCCCUCUCCAAUUUGUCAGCCUCACUUUGGAGGCUAUAGCUAUGCAGCAAACGGCUACCCAAGUUCCUAUUUCUUAGACGCUAGAGGGCAGUGUUGGGUUGCUCCAACUACAUCUACAUACUCUCCAUCUUUUCCGAAUGCUUCUCCAUUUCAACCUUCCAUAUUUCAGAAUUCACAAUACCAAACAGCACCAUUCUAUGGGUUUUCUAGUUGUCCGCAAGGUCCGCAAAGUUAUAACUGGCAUCAAACACCAGCACCGGUUUGGGGUCCUCCAAAUACAGCAACCAAUAUUUCUCCUCCGCUAAAUCUGGCAACGUAUUCCCCUCCGGCGGGAAAUUAUUCUCAAGAUGAUCGUCCUUGCACUCCAAACCAGAGUAGCCGCACAAUCGUUGAAUCUUCAAUGAAGGCAUCUGCAUGA